CGCCGGGGGUGGGGCUACGCUUCGGGAGGGUCAGUUAGUUGCGGAGCUAUUUGGCAGUGGAUUCGGCGAAGGAUUCGGCGCGCGGAUGCGGGUUCACCCCAGAGCGAUGCCCUGGCUCUCUGUGAAGCUGAAGUGAGAGGGUCCAGGCGCGGGCCCAGCCCUGCCGGGGCAGCAUGACCAAGCCCCGGCUCUUCCGGCUGUGGCUGGCGCUGGGGUCUGUCCUCAUGGUCCUGCUCAUCAUAGUGUACUGGGACAACGUGGGCACUGCCCACUUCUACCUGCACACCUCCUUGUCCAGAACCCACGCACUGGCGCCUCUCCCCACCCCGGGGCAGGGGGAGGACAAAGAGCUCACCUCCGAUAUGGACGAAUUUCUAGAUAAGCUGCUCACUUCCGGUGCAAAGCAAAGUGACUUUUCCAAGAAAAAGACCGAGCAGCCCCAGGUGCUAGCCCCCAGCAAGCCGGCACAGAGCCGCAUGGAGGAGAGCGUGAGGGGCUACGACUGGUCCCCGCAGAGCGCCCAGCAGCACCCCGAUGCAGGCCAGCAGCAGGCCGAGCGGAGGAGCGUGCUGCGCAGCUUCUGCGCCAACUCCAGCCUGGCCUUCCCCACCAAGGAGCGCUCCUUCGACGACAUCCCCAACUACGAGCUGAACCACCUCAUCGUGGACGACCGCCACGGCGUCAUCUACUGCUACGUGCCCAAGGUGGCGUGCACCAACUGGAAGCGGGUGAUGAUCGUGCUGAGCGAGAGCCUGCUGGACCGCGGCGCCCCCUACCGCGACCCGCUGGAAAUCCCGCGCGAGCGCGUGCACAACACCAGCACGCACCUGACCUUCAACAAGUUCUGGCGCCGCUACGGCAGGUUCUCGCGGCACCUCAUGAAGAUCAAGCUGAAGAAGUACACCAAGUUCCUGUUCGUGCGCGACCCCUUCGUGCGGCUCAUCUCGGCCUUCCGCAGCAAGUUCGAGCUGGAGAACGAGGAAUUCUACCGCAAGUUCGCGGCGCCCAUGCUGCGGCUCUACGCCAACCGCACCAGCCUGCCCACCUCGGUGAGCGAGGCCUUCAGCGCCGGCCUCAAGGUCACCUUCGCCAACUUCAUCCAGUAUCUGCUGGACCCGCACACCGAGAAGCUGGCGCCCUUCAACGAGCACUGGCGGCAGGUGUACCGCCUCUGCCACCCGUGCCAGAUAGACUACGACUUCGUGGGGAAGCUGGAGACCUUGGAUGAGGACGCAGCCCAGCUGCUGCGGCUCCUCAAGGUGGACGCGCAGGUCCACUUCCCCCCGAGCUACCGGAACAGGACUGCCAGCAGCUGGGAGGAGGACUGGUUCGCCAAGAUCCCACUGGCCUGGCGGCGACAACUCUACAAACUCUACGAGGCGGACUUCGUUCUCUUUGGCUACCCCAAGCCCGAACACCUGCUCAGAGACUGAGGCCCACUCCAAGACUGUGCUAGCCCUGUCCCCCAAAGCCCCGGGGGGCCUGCCGUGGUGCCACAUCCGAGCAGGGCACUGGGGCCGAGCUGUCCCUUCUGCUUCCUUGCCCUUGUUCGGGGUGUCACACGCCCCAUCCGGGAGGCUGCCGAGGGUCUGGGCUUGACUUCACAUGCUCCGGUUUUUAAACAACCCCCGGUUUCGCAGCCUGGGCUUGCCGUUCACUCCACAGCCUGUGUUCUCUGAGCACUGUGUUAAUAUUGUUUUCUAAGAUUAAUAUAUUUCAGAUAUUUAAAAUGAAAGUGGAGGAGAACCAGAGUAAAGCGCGGCAGCUGCGCUCUCAGCACUCUGAAGUUCUUCGGGUUGCGCACCAAGCACACGGUGGGCGGGGACAGCAGUAGAUGGGGACCCCAGGCCUCCCGCGGACACCAGAGAGGGAGGCUUCAUGGUGUCUCAGUGGGGAGGAGCAGCAGAAAUCUGAAGGCAGGCUGUUGUAGUCAGUGUUCACAAAGAGGUUUGUGAGCCUAUUGUUCGGAGGUUCCGCAUCGUCCAACCUCACCUUGGCUCUGGUGAGGACUUCAGGGUGGGGGCAGUGGCAGGGGUCACAUGGCAAGAUGGGAGGCCGGAGUGCAGCUGGGGUCCCGUGGUGCCUUUUGAGGGCAUGAGCCCCUCGACCUGAGGGCUGCCCCCAGGCCCACCUGUGGAGGACCAAGCAUCCACAUGCAGAUCCCUGGGGGACAACGUGACCCAUACAAGCCUUGCUUGUAUUUUUAAAGGGGUGGCAGGCAAAUCCUUUAAAAGUGCAAGCCCGCGUAUGCUUCGGGGCUUUCUGUCUGAGAUCGGGUUGGGACAUAGAGAAGCUAUCUUUGAGUCAGAGCCACAGGGGAAGCCAACCUCCCCCUCCAGCCAUCCCUUAGACAGUGGAAGCUGUCCCCAUCAUAGUCAGCAGGGGUGGUGUGGCAGGAGGUUGUCACCACUGGACUGUUCCCGUGGGCACUGUUGUCAGUGGGGAGCUCAGGUGCCCUUGUGUUUCACACUGGCUGGUUCAGCUCCAGUGCCAUUUGCCCUCAGGACACGGCUGACCUUGAACACUCAGGUGUGUGUAUGGAGUGGGGGUGAAGCCCCUGAAGGCACCUUAGGAGGCCCCUGAGCACCCGGCCACACCCCUCUGCAGGCUGACCUUGCCGCCAUGCUGAAUGGCGCUGCUGCAGAAAUUCCUGCUGUUGGCAGCACACCGGCAUUGUCUUUCCAUUCAUGGCACUUGGUCAGCACUGCCGCUCCCUGGAGUGUUGGUGGUGCUCUGUAGGGGCAUUCACUGCAUCUCUGCAGCGCAGUGUCCCUGCCUGUCCCCACUGUCCAGGAGGGAUCAAGGCCUGUGAGGUCUGUGGCUGCCGGGUGACCCUGGGCACAUUCUCCACCACACUAAAAAUCACCGCCUUCCUUUGAUGGGUUGUUGGA